UCAUAGAAAGAUGGUGUUGUGUUUUCUUAAUUGAUAUUUUAAUUAGGUUGAUGUUUGCACAUACGAAUACAAUGGCUACCCAAAAGCCAGUCGAAUGGGUCAACUCCCUCAUGACACGAUUCGAAGAACAAUUACCAUGUCGAAGUGGUCCACAGACUACACAUUCCAGAAUUAAUGUGGAACAAAACAAGGAGAGCCUUAUAAAUAUAAGCAAAUACAGAUUUUCUUUAGUCAUCGCUGGACUUACCAAAAUUUUACAUUGUGUAAAUGAAAUGCGCCAGCAUAGUCAGUUUCAACCAGAGUUUGAGAAGAAUUUUUAUGAAUCUCAGCUAAUUGUUUUAGACACUCUAGAAAGAUGUUUAAGUGGACAACCUAAGGAAACUUCAAGAUAUGAUGAAGCUAUGAAUGUUAAAUCCUUGUUAAGAGAGCUAUGUCAGUUUAUUGAUGUUCCUAGUGAAAACCAUAUGGUUGUGCAGCUUAAAAAUUUAGCCUCAAAAGUUUUAUUUUCGUUGAGUUUAAACAAUUUCAAUGCUGUAUUUAGCAGAAUAUCUGCUCGAAUGCAGGAACUGUCUAACAGCAAUGAAGAAAAUCCUGACCUAAUUGACAUUGAGCUUAUUCAACAUAUAAAUUUAGAUGUUACAAGAUUAAUAAAAUUGUUAAAUGAGAUUAAUCAAAAGUUUAAAAGUUUAAAGAAAAAUGUUUAUAUAGUUCUGAUGAACAGUUUAGAAAAGGCUAUUUGGAAUUGGAUGGAUACAUACCCACAAGAGUUUAUGGAAUUACAAAGGAAAACCAAUGAGGAAUUAGCUGAUUGCUGUGAUCGACUGUUUGAUUUGUUAGACAACUUUGCCGAAAAUAAUAACAAAAAAAGAUUAGCAACGUGGCCUCUACAGAUGAUGCUCUUAGUGCUGUGUGCUAAAAUUUUAGAAGAAAUUGUGAAUGCAGAUGCCGGAGCUCCAUUUUCCCCGAAGCAUUAUCGAAAACGCCAAUUUGUUGAUAGUGUUAAGAAAGCUCUCAUUCCUCAUGCCGUCAGCAAACAAUUGUGUGAAGCAGCAGCUGUGACUUGUGUGCGCCUCUGUAAGACAUCCACUUACAUUAACAUCUUAGACAGCAACAACGUUGUGUUUUCUCUAGUGCAAACUGUCAUUAAUGAUUUAAAGGUUUUGCUUUUCAAUCCAGCUAAACCAUUCUCACGUAGCCAAGCCACAAUUGGUCAAGAUGUGGAUCUGAUGAUUGAUUGCUUUGUUUCAUGUUUUCGCAUCAAUCCUCACAAUAACGAAGCUUUGAAAGUUUGCCUUAAUCUUAAUUCACCCAAUACCUACCAUUUUGUGCUAGUGUGCUCUUUAUAUCGAAUUAUCACCCAGCCAAGAUUACCUUGGUGGCCUCAAAUUGAUCUUUUGUACAGCAAAGCGCAUCAGCUAAGAAACAUGUUCACAGAUACUUUGACGAAAGUUACUCAGGGUUGCAUUAGUCAUGCACCAUUAAGAAUGAUUCAAAGCCUCACGUUAAAAGAAAAAGUAAGCAACCUGAAACUGAAAGAGAAAUCAGAAGAAACUUUGAGUUACAAACUACUGCUGUGGAUGGUUAGAUUAAUACAUGCUGAUCCUGUCCUUAUGUUAAAUAAUCAAGGUAAAGCUGGGCAUGAAAUUCAGAGCAGCACUUUAGAGUUGAUAAAUGGUCUUGUGUCUUUGAUUCACCAACCUUCCAUGCCAGAUGUGGCCCAGGAAGCUAUGGAAGCCUUGCUUGUCCUGCAUGAUCCUGCUAACAUUGAAAUGUGGAAUCCUGAGUCACCCAUCAACACUUUUUGGGAUGUCAGCUCCCAGGUGCUGUUUUCAAUAUCUCAAAAGCUCAUUCAACAUCAAAUUAUGAAUUAUACUGAAAUUCUAAAGUGGGUUCGGGAAAUUCUAAAAUGUCGUAAUGCUUUUCUGCAAAAGCAUAAGGAAUAUGCCAAUCUUGGAAGCCAUAUUGCAAUUUGUAAACAAGCACAUAUUAAAUUGGAGGUUGUGUUCUUUAUGUAUCUGUGGAGUGUUGAUAUUGAUGCUGUUUUGGUAUCCAUGUCCUGUUUCACCCAAUUGUGUGAAGAAGCAGACAUAAGAUGCGGACAAGAUGAUUUGGUAGUUACAUACAUGCUGCCGAACUACCAUGUUUAUCAAGAAUUAUCUGCUGCGAGUACAAUAUUAACUACUGGUCGAGCUGCGCUUCAAAAAAGAAUUAUGGCACUGUUGCGAAAGAUUGAGCAUUGCACACAAGGCUGUUCUCAGGCUUGGGAAGAUACUUUCAUGAAUUGGGAAGCAGCUACAAAACUUCUUGUGAGCUACCCGAAGACAAAGUUAGAAGAGGCACAAAUUUGUGAAGGCUUUCAUAGAACCAUUGGGAAGCGGAGAGCAUCUCAUCAGAGUACAGAGCAUGAACUGGAGGAUCAGCUGAAUGAAUGGGCAAACAUGACUGGUUUCUGCUGUGCUAUGGGUGGUGUGUGCUUGUUGCGAAAAUCACCCUCUCGAGCUAGUAGUCUCUCAAAUAUGCCAGGUUGCUCAUCUUCUUUGCCGAUGGAUGCUCGUAAAGGAAGUAUGCUUACACCGGGACAAGAUUUGCAGUAUUGCCCUGUUACUCAAUUUGUUGGUCAGCUGCUACGUUUGCUUGUAUGCCACAAUGAAAAGUUUGGAACACAAAUUCAAAAGCAUGUCAAAGAACUAGUUGCCCAUGAGAUGAGCCCAACUUUAUAUCCAAUACUAUUUGAUCAGAUAAAAGCGAUUGUAGAAAAGUUCUUCGAUUCGCAAGGACAGGUUGUUGUCACAGAGCCAAAUACACAAUUCAUUGAACACAUCAUUUUCAUACUCAAAAGUGUAUUAGAAAAUAAAGUUGACCAUACUGCUGAACACCUUGGUGUCAGUAGCAUUGAAGGAAUGAUGCUAGCAAUUGUGAGGUAUGUGAGGCACUUAGAUACAACAGUUCAUGCCAUUCAGAUCAAAACUAAACUCUGCCAGUUGGUAGAAGCCAUGAUGGUACGGAGAGAUGAUCUUGCAUUCCGCCAAGAAAUGAAGUUUCGCAAUAAAUUAGUAGAGUACCUCACAGAUUGGGUGAUGGGUAAUAGUCACCAGCUGGCUCCCCCGAAUUCGGGAGAUGUCACCACCCUGACGAGAGACCUCGACCAGGCUUGCAUGCAAGCUGUUGCUGCUCUGUUGAGAGGUCUCCCCUUACAACCUGAGGAAAGUGAUAGAGGAGAUCUGAUGGAGGCGAAAUCUCAAUUGUUUUUGAAGUACUUUUCUUUGUUUAUGAACUUGCUCAAUGAAUGUGGUGAUUCUUCUGAAGACAAAGACGCUACUCGCCACCAUCGAGUUCAUGUCACUCGCUUGAGCGAACUUCGCACAUGCACUAUUCAGGCUAUGUCAAAUCUUUUGAGUGCUAAUGUUGAUAGUGGCCUCAUGCAUUCUAUAAGUCUAGGAUACCAUAAGGAUCUUCAAACUAGAGCAGCUUUUAUGGAAGUUUUGACUAAAAUCUUACAGCAAGGAACUGAAUUUGACAUGCUCGCAGAAACUGUGUUGGCAGAUCGAUAUGAGCAACUCGUCCAGCUGGUGACUAUGAUAGGGGAUAAAGGGGAACUGCCUAUUGCUAUGGCAUUGGCUAGUGUUGUGAUGAGCCCACAGAUGGAUGAACUUGCUCGUGUGUUUGUUACUCUCUUCGAUGCAAAACACUUACUUGCUCCUUUACUUUGGAAUAUGUUUUAUAAAGAGGUUGAAGUAACAGACUGUAUGCAAACUUUAUUUCGAGGUAAUAGUCUUGGAAGUAAAAUCAUGGCUUUUUGCUUCAAGAUUUAUGGUGCCAGCUAUUUGUUGAGUUUGUUGGAUCCAUUGAUUACCCCACUUUUGGAUUUGCCAAAUGUCAGUUAUGAAGUUGAUCUUGCUCGGCUUGAGGAAGGGGAAGAUAUUGAAGAAAACAGAAGAAAUCUACUCUCAAUUACUCAGAAAGUUUUUAAUGCAAUUAUUUCAUCUGCAGAUAGGUUUCCAUUGCAACUUAGAAGCAUGUGUCAUUGUCUUUAUCAAGUUUUAAAUAAGAGGUUUCCGAAUUUCCCUCAUAAUAUUAGUGCUGUAGGAACAGUCAUAUUCUUAAGAUUCAUUAACCCAGCAAUAGUCUCUCCAUUUGAAAUGGGAAUUGUAGACAAGCAACCGUCUUCCCGUACUAAGAGAGGUUUAAUGUUGAUGUCAAAAAUACUUCAGAACAUUGCUAACCACAUAGAGUUCAGUAAAGAGCAGCAUAUGCUUCCAUUCAAUGACUUUUUAAGAGCUAAUUUUGAGCAUGGAAGACGAUGGGUUGUACAGAUAACUUCAGAUUUAGAGUCAUUGGACCAAACUAGUCAUAGUAUGUCUUUCAUCAGUGAUGCCAAUGUUCAUGCACUGCACAGACUUUUGUGGAAUCACCAAGAGAAAAUUGGAGAUUAUCUUUCAAGCUCCAGAGAUCACAAAGCUGUUGGACGUCGCCCUUUUGACAAAAUGGCUACCUUGCUCGCUUACCUUGGUCCACCUGAGCAUAAACCAGUAGAUUCACAAUACAAUAAAUAUUUGAUUUAUUUCAGAUGGAACAGCAUGGAAAUGUCAAGUACUAAGUUUGAAGAAAUUAUGUCAAAACACAACAUGCAUGAAAGAGAUGAAUUUAAAUCUCUUAAGUCUCUAAACAUAUUUUAUCAAGCUGGAACAUCUAAAAGUGGAAAUCCUGUGUUUUAUUUCAUAGCUAGGCGAUACAAAAUUGGAGAGACAAAUGGUGACCUGCUAAUUUAUCAUGUCAUCCUUACUUUAAAACCUUUUUGCCAUAAGCCAUUUGAACUGGUUGUAGAUUUUACCCAUACAAGCACAGAAAACCGUUUCAGAGCAGAAUUCUUGCAGAAGUGGUUUGUUGUCCUUCCUGAAGUAGCAUAUGAAAAAAUUCAAGCAGCAUAUAUUUAUAAUUGUAAUUCCUGGGUUCGAGAAUAUACCAAGUAUCAUGAUCGUAUUUUAGCGCCAUUGAAAGGAUGUAGAAAACUUAUUUUCUUGGACACACCUCAAAGAUUGAAUGAUUAUAUUGAAAUAGAUUAUCAACGACUACCUGGUGCUACAUUAUCUCUGGAUGAGGAUUUGAAAGUUUUUAAUAAUGCGUUAAAAUUAUCUCAUAAAGAUACUAAAGUUGCUAUAAAGGUGGGCCCUACUGCAAUUCAAGUUACAUCAGCUGAAAAAACCAAAGUCAUUGGGCAUUCAGUUUUGUUAAAUGAUGUCUAUUAUGCAUCUGAAAUAGAAGAAGUGUGCCUGGUAGAUGACAAUCAGUUCACAUUAACUAUCGCUAAUGAAAGUGGCCCAUUGUCUUUCAUUCACAAUGACUGUGAUAGUAUAGUUCAAGCUAUAAUUCACAUCAGAACAAGAUGGGAGCUCUCCCAACCAGACUCUGUAACUGUUCACACAAAAAUCAGACCAAAAGAUGUUCCCGGCACUCUUCUCAACAUGGCUCUGUUGAAUCUUGGAAGCUCAGAUCCAAACUUGAGAACCACUGCUUAUAAUCUACUCUGUGCAUUAACUGGAACUUUUGAUCUAAAGAUUGAAGGACAACUUUUGGAAACCUCUGGUUUGUGUAUUCCAUCAAACAAUACUAUUUUUAUCAAGCAAAUUAGUGAGAAAUUGGCACAAAAUGCUUCCCAUCUAACUCUGGAGUUUUUAGAAGAAUGCAUACAAGGAUUUAGAUCAUCAACUAUAGAACUUAAACACUUAUGCCUAGAGUACAUGACACCUUGGUUGCCAAAUUUAACAAGGUUUUGCAAACAUAAUGAUGAUAGCAAACGCCAGAGAGUGGCUACAAUACUAGACAAGUUAAUUACUCUUACCAUAGAAGAAGUCGAGAUGUAUCCCUCAAUACAAGCUAAAAUCUGGGGCAAUAUAGGACAAGUUUCUGAUCUGCUGGACACAGUUCUGGACAGUUUUAUUAAAAGAAGUGUAACUGGUGGCUUAGGUUCAGCACAAUCAGAAAUCAUGGCUGAUACUGCUGUUGCUCUGGCAUCAUCAAAUGUACAACUGGUUGCUUUGAAAGUUAUUAGUAGAUUGUGUAGGGUCAUAGAAAAGACAUGUGCCUCACCAACUGCUACUUUAGAACAACAUCUAAUGUGGGAUGACAUCGCUAUUCUUGCACGUUACUUACUGAUGUUAUCGUUCAACAAUUCUCUUGAUGUUGCAAGUCACUUGCCAUAUCUGUUUCACAUUGUCACUCUUCUUGUUCACACUGGGCCUGUAUCACUGAGAGCAUCUAUUCAUGGAUUAGUUAUCAAUGUUAUUCAUUCUCUUUGUACUUGUACCAAGCCAUCAUUUGGAGAAACACAAAGAGUACUGAGGUUAAGUUUGGAUGAAUUUUCUCUUCCAAAAUUUUACCUGCUCUUUGGCAUCAGCAAAGUAAAGUCUGCUGCUGUAACUGCUUUUCGAUCUAAUUGCCGUCAUGUUGAUCGUUCUUUUGGAUGUUCCACGGCUGAUAAUGAACCAAUGCCUCUGGCAUCGUUGGAAAUUAUUACAGAUGCUAUUCUUGAAAUAAUGGAGGCAUGUAUGAAGAAUAUUAAUAAUUGUGAUUGGUUACAACAGUGGACUUCUUUGGCAAAGAGUUUUGCAUUUCGAUACAAUCCUGCUCUGCAACCCCGUGCUCUCAUAGUAUUUGGCUGCAUUAGUAAACAAGUUCGUGACCUUGAUGUGAAACAGUUACUGCGAAUACUUGUUCGUGCUUUGGAAUCAUUUCAAGAUCUACAACUUAUAGAAGCUAUCAUCAUGUGCUUGACCAGACUUCAUCCUCUGCUUAGGCCUGAAUCACCUAUACAUCGAGCACUCUUUUGGGUUUCCAUAUCUGUUUUACAGUUAGAUGACAUGGCAUUAUAUGCUGCUGGUUUAGCUCUCUUGGAACAAAAUUUACAUACACUGGAUUCCCAGGGAAUUUUUGAAAAUAAUACUUUAGAAUAUAUAAUGAUGUCAAGUAGAGAACCUCUAGAAUGGCACUUUAAGCAACUUGAUCAUUCUGUGGGGUUAAGCUUCAAAUCAAAUUUUCACUUUGCCUUGGUUGGUCAUCUUAUCAAAGGUUUCCGUCAUCCAACUCCCACAACAGUAUCCAGAACUACUAGAGUUUUAAAUACUCUACUAGGCAUUGUUGCAAAACCACACAAAAGAGAUAAAUUUGAAGUUACCCCAGAAAGUGUUGCUUAUUUAGCUGCCCUGGUUUCCGUCUCCGAAGAAGUCCGCAGCAGAUGCCACCUCAAGCACAGGAUCACCCGAGUUGUUUCGGAGUCUCCGAGCGCGGAGGCUUUCGUCACGGAGCUCCAUCCCGCUGUUUCUCCUCAAGUGUCGACGUCUCCCGGCAACCCCAGUCCGCCCACCCCCUCCCCUUCCUCCAACUCUGCACAGACCUCCCCCCAUGGACCCCCACCCAGCAACAUGCAACAGACCCUGCCAGUCACUCCAGUCAAUAGGAGGCACAAGUCAUGGGAUACUUUAGAUCAAAAUGCCUUACUGCAAGCUAAACAGAACAAACAAUCUCCAGUGCAACAGCCUCAACCCAAAGAGAACAAAUUUUGGCGUAGUUUAGACAUAGAUGCCCAGAAUAUACGUCCACGGUUCAAAACACAACGUAGCAGUUCCAUGCCGACACCUAAGGCCCAAAAGAGCGAAGAUGGAGGAAGAAUGUCACCUGGGCUAGAAGACCAAGAUGAAGAUUCACUGGCUCACAAAGAUGGAACUCGAGUUUCCAAUGAAGAUAAUGUGCUCUUAGACCCUGAAGUCUUGGUUGACUUCCCUACCCAGUCCCUAGUUCUCACUGUAUUGGCAACAUUAGUUCGAAAUACUACUGAUGAAAACGAAAUGCAGAUUUUGUAUGAAUACCUUGCUGAAGCUUCAGUUGUAUUUGCUCGUGUUUUUCCUGUGAUACAUAGUCUUCUUGAUUCCAAAAUUACCAGUGUGCUAUCUUUAUGUCAUGAUCAAGUAAUUUUGUCCGCUGUACAAAGUAUUAUCCAAAACAUGAUUUCAUGUGAAGAUAGCAGCCAGCAACAACUGCAUUAUCUCCAAACAUUUGGCUUUGGUGGCCUUUGGAGAUUUGCUGGACCAUUUUCGAAAACAUCAGCAUGUACAACUUCCACAUAUUGUUCUCAAACCAAUUUAGACAAUGCAGAGCUGUUUGUGAACUGCCUUGAAGCCAUGGUAGAGACCUGUCUGCCCAUUGAAGAUGGUGAACUUCAUGAUUUGUCUCAGUAUCCCAGCACAUUGAGUGUUUCCUCCACUAUGAACUUAUCCUCUUCCAUGUCCAGUCUAACCCUCGGCUCACCGACCGACAAAGAACCAGUGACAGAAUACAGUUCUCUAGUCAAUGAAGGGUCUGCAAGAAUGAGACAUGGCUCCACCAAUCAGCUGACUCGCCAGCGAAGUCUAAAAUGCAAAAAUGCCAAGAAUGGAAAGAAUUCUCAUUGAAAUUUUGACCUAAGAUUUAUUUAUUAUUAUUUUUUUAUGUGGAACAAAAUGAUUUAGCAUGAGAUUUGUAAAGAGUCUAUAGGUAUGUUGUGCUGAGCAUGAGUUUUGAAACUUGCCUAUUUACACUCAUUUACAUUUUAAGUAGACAAUUGAUGCAGCUCUGAUGGAGAUUAGUUAACAGCUGAAAAAAUUAUACCUGCUGACAAACAUUUAAAAUUAAAAUUAAUGAAACAAAAAUAAAAGGGUCUGGGCCAAAUAUUUGAAAACACUAAAAUAAGUUAUUUUUUCCAAAAAAAGGAUGUUCAAUCAGAUUUUCUUACUUGUUUCGCUAAAAAGAUUUUUUUUAAAGUCAUAUAGCAAGUACUUGAUAUGUAUAUAUGUAGAGACAUGCAUUAGUAGAUGAAAAAUUCAUUCGGGACCAAUUGCAAACUUUAUUGCACCCGAGUGCAAUAAAUGUGUUUUGUUUAACACAAAGAAGUUGACCAUAUUAUUCACAUUUAAUUUCUGGUUGUAAUGUUAGUGUUUU